UGGAUGCUAGUUCUGACAUAUGAAUAAUGAGCCAGAGACAGAGGGCAGAGAGGAGGAGGGAAUGAAAGGGGAGGAAAAAUGGCGGCGAGGAGAGUAGACCGAGGCAAAAUGCUGUUAGACCAGCUAACGGGCUGGGAGCAGCCCUCCUGGGAAGCAGAGAAGACAGAGACUGAAGGGAGGGAGCCAGGAUCAGAAAGUCUUCCAGGCAUGAAUUCAUGGCAUCUCCUGCCGUUCUUGUUUGCCAUUCAAGAGAUCAACCAGAAUCCGAGACUCUUACCCAACAUCACUCUCGGCUACAAUAUCUAUGAGAACUAUUUCAGUGCAAAAAUGACCUUUGAUGCCAUGUUAGACUUCUUGUCUCCUGGGCAGAAGGAUAUUGCCAACUACAUUUGUGAAAGAAAGAAUAACUUGGUGGCUGUGAUUGCAGGGGCUGAAUCUGAAAUCUCUAACCAGAUGUUGAGCAUGCUGGGCAUCUACAAAAUCCCAUUGAUGCAGACCAUUGCAACAAGUGUCCAGAAGAUCAGUAUCCAAACAAGGAGCAUGAUCAAUGUGUUCCCAAAGUCGUCACUUUCUUAUCCUACGAAAAACCUUUGGGGAUCACCAUAGCUUGCCUUGCACUGUUCUUGUCAUUAUGCACAGCAAUUGUUUUAGGAAUCUUCAUUAAAUAUUUAGACACUCCAGUCGUCAAAGCCAACAACCGUGACCUCUCCUACAUGCUCCUGGUCUCCCUCCUGCUCUCCUUUUGGUCCUCCUUUCUGUUCAUUGGUCAGCCCCGGAAGGUGACCU